CACUGCCCGUUGUAUAAGGCUGUGUUCCUUUUAAAUCUUCCACGCUUCACUGCCCGAUGUCACUCACCUGUGCAGUCCCGCCUCUCUUAACUCCGAUGAGAAAAAGAAAAAUUCAGAAUGGCUUCCGCCGCACUCCCGCUCUGAUUCUCAGACUUCCUUCUCCGAAUUUCAUAUCGGCAUGAAGCAAGUCAUGCAGCUAACAGACACUUGAGAUAUUCAUUUUUUAAAUGGAUAAUAUUUUAAAUUGCUAGAUUAAUCAAUCCAGAUUAUUUUAUGGCCAUAGGAUUUCAAUUCAAUGGCAACCAUACAAAUUAAAUUAGGACCAAAAUCUAACUCUGAAAAUUGAAAGAUUGCAGAUCCUGGAAAUCUGAAAUAAAAUGAGGAAAAUGCUGAAAACACCCAGCAAGUCAGGCCAUAUCUAUGGAACUUUUAUUCAAAGCUAAACUUGCAAAUGGAUUCCAAUACUAUCGUAUGGCAACCUGGGAAGAGGAAGGGAGAAGCCAGGCUUGACAUUUCACAGAGAAGCCGUGCUGGGUGCAGAGUUGCACCAGCGCAGGUUGAGUAAUAGCACACACACGUUUAACCUCGGUUUAUUGGAAGAGCAGGAGAAAACUGCAAUGUCAUAAACAGGUUUACAAUAAAUGUGGUCUUGUUGACUGCAGCACACAACACAGUACAAAUAUGGCAUUCAUUGUUAAACUUUUAAUGGAUGUUGGACCGAACUGUACUUGCUAGCAAUACUGCUACUAAUUUCUUCACAUCCGGACAGCGUACUGUGCUCUUACUUCCCUUUUACUAAAACCUCAAAAUUAACAAGUGACAGCACAACAGAUGAACUUGAUUGGUUUUGAGUGUUAACUCCAUUACUAACAGUGACAAUAAAUGCAAAGUGAUCAAUCUCACAGGAAUCUCCGCUUCAACGUGUAGUGCCCAGCAAAGGUCGUACUAGAGGCAUCCUUCAAACUCCAGAUCCAAGCUCUCUGUGAUAAUAAGAAGUCUUCAGCAAGCUGUUCUAUGCUUCGAAAUCCUCUGCCUUAAGAAAUAGCAUGGAAGCAAUCCAGUUGACCCUACUGGCACUACUAGUAAAUGGCCUGAUGGGUUCAAAUACCACAGCAAAUUUCAGUACAAUAAUUGUUCAAAGGACUUCAUUAGUUCAAAACACAACUAUGCCAAUGUCUCCAACCAAUGCAAAUGGACUGCCAAAUGGCAACGACAACAUCACUUCCAGUUUGACGAAUUUGAUGUCUUCCACAACUUCGCAAAUGAUAACGUUAUCAUCCAAACCAUCUACUUCAAGUCUGGCCUCUCAGUCAACUUCAAAUGUGAUGACAAUUAAUCCAUCUACUAAGUUUCUGACAACUACACCGGUGAUGAGUAAGUCAAUUAUGAGGAAACAAAACAAUGAUGACAAUCUGAAUGCAAGCAUGAUUAUUGCUUGCAUCAUAGGUGGACUAUUGCUACUUCUGGUGGUCUGCAUAAUUGGCAUACUCUUGAUGAAAAGAUAUUUAAGAACAAAUACAGCGCAGGACAUCUCCUGGGCAGGAACUUGCCCAGGACCAGUUGGUGGUGAAGAUACUGAUCACGUAGCUGAAGACUGUGAUCCUAAUUCUGCUGCAGUAAAACGCCCCUCACUCACCACCUUUCUAACCAAAAAGUCAAAACGCGAUUCCUUACUGGAUCAAUAUGACAUGGAGGUACAGGAGGUUCAAGGGAUCAACAAUUUAGCUUCAACAGAGACUGAAGAAGAGACACUGCCUGAAGUCAUAAAAGACAAUGACAAAGAAAAAGAACCACUAGUUUUAACUGAAGCACCAAGUCAAGAAUUCCCACCACCGUCUGAGACACAGCCUCCGCUGGGUGAAGGUGACCAGCAAGCUCCAGCACUCGCAACAGACGCAGAAACUUCAAAGUCGUCACAAGAUGUCCCUGAAACAUUUUCAAACAAUAAUGAUUUUCCUCCUCCACCAAUGGAAUUUUUGGAUCUUGUGAAUGAUUCUGAUUUGCCUCCGCCUCCCUGAGUAGAGAUCAGAAGUACCAGGUGUUUGCUUUAGCUCUCUCAAGUGUAUUGAAGAAGACCCAGUGUACUAUCUUCUGAAGCUAUAAGUAAAAGCUGGUUCUCUGCGGUAAAUGCUUCCGUGCAUUAGCAUUUGAUCACUAUGUUUUAAAAUUAGAUGUGAUAAAAUUAUGUACUAUACCUAAAGUACAAAACACAGCAUCUUUCCAAUAUGCAAAUUAGAUCACGAACAGAGGUGCAGCAUUUGCUCUGCAUUGCAAUCUUGCUGCUGCAUUUCUGCUUUUGGCUCGAUUAAAACAAUAGAUAAAUAAUUCUGUCUUAUUUCAAUUUUCGCAGAUUGAAGUCUAUUCUUACAAUUUUUUAUUUCACUCCCACGUCCCUGUACUAAAGACAAUUAGCUAACACUGGAGAAUCUCAGCAUGUUUGUCUUCAGCAAUUCCACCUUCAGCAGUAAUCCUAUGUACAGUCUGUAAAUGAAAUUCUGAACCAUCAUGCUACAGCAAAUGCAGUAUUUCCUCUAUUUAAAUGGCAAAGCAAUUUUAAGGCAACAAAUAAAAAAAAAGACUUUGCUUACAGUUUCCUAAGUUGUAUUCAAGAUUUUUGCUAUAGGCUGACUUGAUUCCGUAAAUGCAAUAUUAAGUCUAGUAUCCCAAAACGGGAAAACCUUUUAUUUUUUAAUUGUUUUGCAAACUUAUGGCAUUAAGAAUACUUUUAGAGAUGGAUUCAAACUUUGUUUUUCUGAUUUCAUCACAUGGCAUCAUCAGAGCCAUAUGGCCUCCAUCUUACCCAUUAUUCCUUCCAAAAGGUAUUAUUAGGCUUGCUUUAUUUCUUCAUUUGAAGUUUUCGUUUGUGCCAAAAUUACAUCCAAUGAAUCUGUGUUUUCACCUGUCUGCCAAUUCUCCUUUUAACCAAUACUCACAUUUAUAUUCAAGAAAAAAUCCGAGUCUAAAACUAACAGGAGAGCAACACACACAAAAUCCUGGAGGAACUCAGCAGGUUAGGCAGCAUUUAUGGAAAAGAGUACAGUCAACGUUUUGGGCUGAGAUCCUUCAUCCAACAGGAUCCCAUCCCCAAGCACAUCUUUCCCUUUCUCCCACUUUUUGCUUUCCACAGGGAUCGCUUCCUACACAACUCCAUUGUCCAUUCAUUCCUCCCCACUGAUCUCCCUCCAGGCAUUUAUCCUUGUGAACAGAACAAGUGCUACACCUGUCCUACACUUCCUCCCUCACUAUCAUUCAGGGCCCCAAACAGCCCUUCACACUUUACCUGUGAGUGUGAUGGGAUCAUCUACUGCAUCCAGUGCUCCAGGUGUGGUCUCCUGUAUAUCGGUGAGAAUUGACGCAGGUUAGGAGAUCACUUUGCCAAGCACCUACACUCCGUUUGCCAGAAAAAUAACGGGAUCUCCCACUGGUGCUCACUUUAAUUCCACUUCCCAUUCCCAUUCUGACAUGUCAGUCCAUGGCCUCCUCAGCUGCUGUGAUGAGGCCACACUCAGAUUGGAGGAGCAACACCAUAUAUUCCGUCUGAGUAGCUGGCAUGAACAUCGAUUUCUCGAACUACUGGUAAAGCCCCCCUUCCCCUGCCUUCACCAUUCCCCAUUCCUAUUUCGCUCUCUCACCAUAUCUCCUUACCUGCCUCACCUCCCUCUGGUACUCCUCCCCUUUUUCUUUCUUCCGUGGCCUUCUGACCUCUCCUCUCAGAUUCCCCCUUUUUCAGCUCUGCAUCUCUUAUACCAAUAAACUUCCUGCUCUUUACUUCACCUCUCCCCACCCCCCUCCUGGUUUCACCCAUCACCUUGUGGUUCUUCCUCCCUUCCCCCCACUUUCUUAUUCUGACCCCUCAUCUUUUUUUCCAGUCCUGAUGAAGGGUCUCAGCCUGAAACGUCGACUGUACUCUUUUCCAUACAUGCUGCCUGGCCUGCUGAGCUCCUCCUGCACUUUGUGUGUGUUACUCGCAUUUACAUUCCAACCCUACCUCCAGCAACACCCACCCGGAGAGAGAUCUGAUCUCAGUUCAGGGAUUUGUGUAUACUCUUCAUAUACCAAUGGUAAUGAAGGGGGGAUUGGAACUGGUAUACAUGUACUGAAGUACAGUAAAAAGCUUAUAUUGCAUACUGUUCAUAUAGAUCCAACAAUUACACAGUGCAUUCAGAUAGAAGGUGGUAAAACAAUGAUAAUGUAUGGAGCUAAAAUGCAUGGUAGCAUAGUGGUUAGCACAAUGCUUUACCCGGGUUCAAUUCUCACCUCUGCCUGUAAGGAGUUUGUACAUUCUCCCCGUGACCGUGUGAGUUUCCCCUGGGUGCUCCAGUUUCCUCCCACAGUCUAGAGACGUACCGGAUUGGAGGUUAAUUGGUCCUUGUAAAUUGUCUCACGAUUGGGCUAGGAUUAAAUCAGGGGAUUGCUGGUUGGCACGGCUUGAUGGGCCUGAAGGGCAUAUUCCGCUUAGUAUUUCAAUAAAUGAAAAAAUUAUGCAAUCAAUAAAAUGAAAGCAACAAAUUUUCAGAAUGGGCUUGAGGACUGUCACAGAAAGUACAGUGCAGGUAAACAACCCUGAAUGCUAUCAAUACAUUUGAUACCACUAUAAAUUUGGCCCACCUACAGUUUUUGAGAGCACAAACAUAAAUUAGUUAAAUAAAGAGAGGCAAUGCUUCAAGUUGAAGGAUGAAAACAAAAGCACUGGAGUUAUUAGGAAGGUUAUGAUGGGGCAGUUAUAAUGUAAGAUCCACAGACCCAAGAUCAUAAGGAGGUAGAUUCUGAUGGGUGAAUUUAAUCUCAGUUGCCUGCAUAAUUAUAUGCCAGAUAACCUCUGGCUGCUAAUUAUGUACAUGUCAAAACUUUUGGGGAGAGCAAGGUAUAAAUAUUAGUUCAUUUACUCAAUGCUCUUCCAACUUUAGGCACUUGGGAUAAAUCCAUGAAAACGCAUGUGAUUGUUGCUAGCAUGUCGUAGAAACAGCAAUGAGCCUUAGAAGUUUUAACUAAGCUUGCACGAUUGUAAGAAUAUUUCAUUUUAGAGUUCCACUGAGUCCAAUUUGACGGUAGUUGAGACAAAUUAAGCAAAAGAUUUUUGGCACUGCAACAGGGAACUACUGCUUGGAAUUCUAUGCCGUACAUUCCCCCAGGACAAUAUAGUGCCAGUCCCGUCUUUGGUUUAGACUGAUUACUAUUUUCCCCCCCAAGGGACAGGUGUAGAGAGUACAUUAAUUUCCUCAGCACCAUCCCACCCCCAAUUUGCCACAGAAAAUGAUUUGCACAAUCAAUGUGGUGUGGUCAAAGCUCACAAUUUCCUGUUUUCAUUUAGGAAAAUAAAUAUUCCUUGCUGUGAUGAUUUCCAUUUUACUCCCCAUUUAAACCUUUUAAAAUCAUAAGGAGUUCAGAUGAUCCCAGUUAAAAAAAAGGGCACAGUGGACAGAGAAUGCAUUUCAAAACUACUACUUAAUAAGCAUUUUGGUGUUACACUAAAUCUGUACAUUUGUUAAUCUGCAUAUAAGUAGCACCAAGUUUUGUUACUGCAUAACAAAAAAUGUAAUAAAGGCAACAAGACUGUUAA